CUUCUUCACUCAGACUUCGAAGGGUUCAAACUCUUGUCAACGCGCGCUCACUCACUCUCUCACACUCUUCUCUCUCUCUUACCCUUCACCUCCGAAACGGUGUUCUCACUCUCACAUCUAUCUCACCGCACUUCUCUCUACACAUUUUUCCUCUUGUCUCUUUCUUUCGGAUUUCUGUUCUUGCGUCUUGGAUCUCGCUUCAAAAUAUAUAAUGCGCAUACAGAGACUCUACCAUCAUUCAAAACCACAAUGUGAUUCUCCGAUCCCUUAGCUUUGAUCACAGGAAGAAGAGGAUACGGAAUAGAGAGAUAGAUCUACACGGUAUAAACAGAGCGAGGCACGUACAUAAAGAAGAAUGUCGCAACUAGACCGAGUAAUGCCGCCGCCCACGUUGGUGAGGCGGGGUUCAAGGAGUGCCUCCACCACCUUCAACAUGGAGGUUUUCGACAACGAAGUGGUGCCGUCCUCACUCGCCUCCAUUUCUCCCAUUCUACGUGUCGCCAACGAGAUCGAAGCCGAGCGUCCCAGGGUUGCCUAUCUAUGUAGGUUCUAUGCCUUCGAGAAAGCGCACAGGCUGGAUCAGACCUCCACCGGCCGUGGCGUUAGGCAGUUCAAGACGCUGCUGCGGCAGCGAUUAGAGAGGGAUAAUGCAACUAGUCUUCCCUCUCGAGUUAAGAAGACAGAUGCAAGAGAAAUCCAGGCUUACUAUCAGCAAUACUAUGAACAUUAUGUCAGAACUCUUGAUCAAGCUGAUCAGGCAGACAGAGCCCAGCUCAGUAAAGCUUAUCAGACUGCCGGGGUGCUUUUUGAAGUGCUUUGUGCUGUUAAUAAGACUGAGAAAGUCGAAGAAGUAGCUCCUGAGAUUAUCGCGGCUGCCAGAGAUGUCCAGGAAAAAAAGGAAAUUUAUACACCUUAUAAUAUCCUUCCUCUGGAUUCUGCUGGUGCUUCUCUACCCAUUAUGCAACUUGAAGAGGUUAAAGCUGCUGUUUCUGCGCUAUGGAACACACAAGGCUUGAACUGGCCUAGUUCUUUCGAGCAACAAAGACAGAGAACAGGAGACCUAGACUUGCUUGAUUGGCUUAAAGCCAUGUUUGGUUUCCAGAGGGACAACGUCAGGAAUCAGAGAGAGCAUUUGAUUCUGCUUCUUGCUAAUUCUCAUAUAAGGCUACACCCUAAACCUGAGCCUCUAAACAUGCUCGAUGAUCGUGCUGUUGAUGAAGUGAUGAAAAAGCUUUUUAAGAAUUAUAAAAAAUGGUGCAAAUUCUUGGGACGAAAACAUAGUUUACGACUUCCUCAAGGUCAGCAAGAGGUGCAACAGAGGAAGUUGCUUUAUAUGGGCUUGUACCUUCUCAUCUGGGGUGAGGCGUCCAAUGUUCGCUUCAUGCCUGAGUGCCUAUGCUACAUAUUUCACAACAUGGCAUAUGAACUACACGGUCUAAUGGCUGGAAAUGUCAGCAUUGUUACGGGUGAAAAUAUCAAACCUUCUUAUGGUGGUGAUGAAGAGGCAUUUCUCCGCAAGGUUAUAACUCCCCUCUACCGAGUAAUAGACACGGAAGCCAAGAGGAGCAGAAAUGGAACGGCUCCUCACUCAGCAUGGUGCAACUAUGAUGAUCUAAAUGAGUAUUUCUGGUCACCUGAUUGCUUUUCUCUUGGAUGGCCAAUGCGUGAUGAUGGUGAAUUUUUUAAAUCGACAAAUGAUUGGGGAAGAAAGGGUGUUCCAAGAAAAUCUGGAAAAACAGGGAAAUCAAAUUUUGUUGAGACGCGAUCAUUCUGGCACCUCUUCCGCAGUUUUGAUAGACUUUGGACCUUUUUUAUACUGGGUUUACAGGUGAUGUUCAUUAUUGCAUGGGACGAGAUUUCACUGAUGGAUAUCUUUCAGAAGGAUGUCUUAUUUAAUCUCUCUAGUAUAUUCAUCACAGCAUCCAUUCUUCGCUUACUUCAAAGUAUCCUGGACCUGCUCCUGAACUUUCCAGGCUAUCAUCGAUGGAAAUUCACUGAUGUGCUAAGAAAUAUUCUUAAAGUCAUUGUCAGUCUUUGUUGGGCUAUCAUUCUUUCGGUCUUCUAUGUGCAUGCCAUCAAGGGUGCCCCUCAAGCUCUCAAGCAGCUGCUUUCCUUUCUUGAUCAAAUAGAGGGCAAUCCACCGUUGUAUAUCUUUGCAGUUGCAUUGUAUAUGCUUCCAAAUCUACUAGCAGCUAUACUCUUUCUUUUCCCAAUGCUCAGGCGUUGGAUUGAAAACUCAGACUGGCACAUAGUUAGACUCUUCUUGUGGUGGUCUCAGCCAAGGAUUUAUGUUGGAAGAGGAAUGCACGAAAGCCAAUUUGCUCUCCUAAAGUACACUAUUUUCUGGGUCAUACUAUUGGCUUCCAAAUUUGCGUUCAGCUAUUUUGUCCAAAUAAUACCUCUGAUUGAGCCAACAAAGUUAAUAAUGGCCAUUAAACAUGUUGACUAUGGUUGGCACGAGUUUUACCCCGAUGCUCGAAAUAACUAUAGCGCAGUUAUUGCACUCUGGGCUCCUGUACUCAUGGUUUAUUUCAUGGAUGCACAAAUUUGGUACGCAGUCUUCUCAACUUUGUACGGUGGUAUUAUUGGAGCCUUUGAUCGUCUAGGAGAGAUACACACUAUGAGCAUGCUGAGAUCACGGUUCCAGUCAUUGCCUGGCGCAUUCAACACAUACUUGGUUCCUUCCCAAAAGAAGCAAGGAAAGAAAUUCUCUUUCUCAAAGAAAUUUGAUGAGAUUUCUGCUAGCAGAAGAAGUGAAGCUGCCAAAUUUGCCCAAUUAUGGAAUGAAAUUAUUUGCAGUUUUCGUGAGGAAGAUCUCAUUAGUGAUAGGGAAAUGGACCUUUUGCUGGUUCCUUACUCUUCAGAUUCUCGACUGAAAAUAAUUCAGUGGCCACCGUUUUUGCUUGCAAGCAAGAUUCCUGUAGCUCUGGAUAUGGCAACUCAAUUUCGAGGAAAGGACUCUGAUCUUUGGAAGCGCAUAAGUGCAGAUCAAUAUAUGAAGUGUGCUGUGAUCGAAUGUUAUCAAUCUCUUAAACAUGUUCUUCAUGAUUUGGUUGUCGGGGAAAAUGAAAAGAGGAUAAUUUCCAUCAUCACUAAAGAAGUUAAGAACAACAUAUCAAAGAAUACACUUACUGCCAAUUUCCGAAUGAGCUUUUUACCUUCCCUUUUUAAAAAGUUUGUGGAGCUUGUGGAAAUCUUGAAAGAUGCGGAUCCAUCCAAGCGAGGUACAGUGGUAGUUUUGCUGCAAGACAUCUUAGAAGUGGUUACUGAUAUGAUGGUCAACGAAAACAGUGAGUUGGCAGAACUUAAUCAAAGUAGUAAGGAUACUGGACGACAAGUUUUUGCUGGUACUGAGGUAAAACCUGCUAUAUUGUACCCUCCUGUGGUUACAGCACAAUGGGAGGAACAGAUAAGACGUCUUUAUCUAUUAUUGACUGUGAGGGAAUCUGCCAAUGAGGUUCCAACAAACGAUGAAGUACGGAGAAGGAUUGCAUUCUUUUCCAAUUCAUUGUUCAUGGAGAUGCCACGUGCUCCACGUGUCCGGGAAAUGCUCUCAUUCAGUGUCCUAACGCCAUACUAUAGUGAAGAGACUGUAUUUUCUAAGAAUGACCUUGAGAUUGAGAAUGAAGAUGGCGUGUCAAUCAUAUAUUACCUGCAAAAGAUCUUCCCUGAUGAGUGGAAUAACUUCAUGGAGCGACUUGAAUGUAAGAAAGAUAGUGAGGUAUGGGAGAAAGAUGAGAAUGUAUUGCAGUUACGUCACUGGGCGUCGUUGAGAGGACAAACUCUUUGUAGGACAGUUAGGGGAAUGAUGUACUACCGGCGGGCUAUAAAGCUCCAGGCAUUUCUUGAUAUGGCUAACGAACAAGAAAUACUCGAUGGCUAUAAAGCUAUUACAGUUCCAUCUGAGCAAGAUAAAAAGAGUCAUAAAUCCCUAUAUGGCAAUUUAGAGGCCAUGGCUGACAUGAAAUUCACAUACGUUGCUACCUGUCAAAACUAUGGGAAUCAGAAGCGCAGUGGAGACCGUCGUGCAACAGAUAUCCUAAAUUUGAUGGUUAACAAUCCCUCGCUUCGUGUUGCAUAUAUUGACGAAGUUGAAGAAAGAGAGAGAGAGGGUGAUAAAGUACAGAAAGUUUAUUAUUCUGUACUGAUCAAAUCUGUAGACAAUCUUGACCAAGAAAUAUUUCGAAUUAAACUUCCUGGUCCGGCAAAGUUAGGAGAAGGAAAGCCUGAAAACCAAAAUCAUGCAGUUAUUUUUACCAGGGGGGAAGCUCUUCAGACUAUUGACAUGAACCAGGAUAACUACUUAGAAGAAGCUCUGAAGAUGCGUAACCUUCUGGAAGAAUUUCAUGAGGAUCAUGGAGUGCACCCACCUAGCAUUUUAGGUGUACGUGAACAUAUCUUUACUGGCAGUGUCUCCUCCUUGGCCUGGUUUAUGUCAAAUCAAGAAACUAGCUUUGUCACUAUUGGUCAGAGAGUUCUUGCAAGACCCCUGAAGGUUCGGUUCCACUAUGGUCAUCCUGAUGUUUUUGAUAGAAUUUUCCAUUUCACCCGUGGAGGAUUCAGCAAGGCUUCUCGUGGCAUCAAUUUAAGUGAGGAUAUAUUUGCUGGAUUCAACUCAACACUAAGACGUGGAAACGUUACUCAUCAUGAAUAUAUCCAAGUUGGAAAGGGUAGAGAUGUUGGCCUCAAUCAAAUUUCUCUUUUUGAAGCAAAGGUGGCCUGUGGUAAUGGAGAGCAGACACUAAGCAGGGAUAUAUACCGGCUGGGGCAUCGAUUUGAUUUUUUCCGAAUGCUAUCAUUCUAUUUUACAACUGUUGGAUUUUAUGUCAGCUCUAUGGCAGUGUCCCUUACAGUUUAUGCUUUCCUAUAUGGAAAACUCUAUCUGUCAUUGAGUGGAUUUGAAAAUGCAAUAGUUAAACUGGCAAGGAGAAGGGGCGACGAUCCACUAAAGGAAGCAAUGGCUUCACAAAGUCUUGUUCAGAUAGGCCUUCUAAUGACUCUGCCCAUGGUUAUGGAAAUAGGACUAGAAAGAGGGUUCAGAACUGCUAUAGGUGACCUCAUAAUAAUGCAGCUGCAGCUAGCACCCGUUUUUUUCACUUUCUCACUAGGAUCGAAGAUGCACUACUUUGGGCGCACUCUGUUGCAUGGAGGGGCAAAGUACAGAGCAACUGGGCGUGGUUUUGUAGUUCGUCAUGAGAAGUUCGCAGAGAAUUACAGGAUGUACUCGAGGAGCCACUUUGUAAAAGGGUUAGAGCUUGCUGUCUUGCUUAUGUGUUAUAAGCUUUAUGGAUCAGCAGCUCCUGAUUCAACUGCAUAUCUUCUUCUCUCAGGGUCAAUGUGGUUUUUGGUUUGUUCCUGGUUGUUUAGUCCUUUCCUUUUCAAUCCAUCAGGAUUUGAGUGGCAGAAGAUAGUUGAGGACUGGGAUGACUGGACAAAAUGGAUGAAUAGUGGAGGUGGUAUUGGUGUUCCUGCUACCAAGAGCUGGGAAUCAUGGUGGAAUGAGGAACAAGAGCAUUUGCAAUUCACUGGGUUAUUGGGGAGGACUUCGGAGGUGAUUCUUGCCCUGCGUUUCUUUGUCUAUCAGUAUGGAAUUGUGUAUCAUCUAAAUAUAGCUAGAGGUGACAAAAGCAUCAUGGUUUAUGGUCUGUCCUGGCUAGUCAUAGUAGCUGUUAUGAUCAUUUUGAAGAUUGUGUCUAUGGGUAGGAAGAAGUUCAGUGCUGAUUUUCAGCUGAUAUUUCGUCUCCUCAAACUGCUUUUGUUCAUUGGAAGCAUUGUCGCUCUAGUCUUGAUGUUUACUCUACUUAGUCUCACAGUUCAAGACAUUCUUAGGAGCCUCCUAGCUUUUUUACCAACAGGAUGGGCACUUAUACAGAUAUCUCAAGCAUGUAGGCCAUUGGUGAAGGCAAUUGGAAUGUGGGGGUCCGUCAAAGCUUUAUCAAGAGGGUAUGAAUACGUGAUGGGAUUGCUUAUCUUUGGACCAGUGGCCAUAUUAGCUUGGUUCCCGUUUGUUUCAGAAUUCCAAACUCGGCUGCUAUUCAAUCAAGCGUUCAGCCGAGGACUUCAAAUCCAGCGUAUUCUGGCGGGUGGAAAGAAGCAUAAAUAAUCCCUUGUAACAUACACAGGAUAAUACCAAACAAUACGAAAGACGACGGUACCAUAUCUCAGGUACCAGGUUUAGGCAAUUAUAACAGCAGAUAUCAACACUGAGAUUGUACAGUAGAACUUAGAAUUAACCUUAGGCAGCAGCGAUGUUAUGUUGUACCAACAAAAGAAAGUGCAGUGGCAUAUAUAAUUUUGCGAUAUGAUAGUCUCUCAAGUUCAUCUAGGCCCAAGUAGUUUCGAUACAAUUUUUUUUCAUCUUCCUGAGCUAAUAAUAGCUGUUUCAGUUUCACUAA